UCAUGCGGCCACUGGGAUCUCUGGACUAGCCUAGCCACCACGCUGCGAUUUUUUUGCAAUCUCUGCAGUACGCUACCUUUUAAGGUCAAGAUGUUGUUAAGUAUAAAAAGUAUCUUAUGGAUGUAUUCUACGUUAGUUAUAACAUAUAUGCUACCCAAAGUUAAAGCAGAAAAAAAAACCCUGGUAAAGGCAUCUCUGUCUGGAACUUCAGUACUGCCAUGCUUCUUUUCAACCACACCCACUAUAAGCUCCAGUUAUGCAGCUGAGUACCUUCGGAUCAAAUGGUCAAAGGUUGAACUGGAUAAAAGUGGAAAAGAUGCAAAAGAAACAACAGUCCUGGUGGCCCAAAAUGGCAACAUCAAAAUAGGUCAAAGCUACAAAGACAGAGUGUCUGUUCCAAAUCAUUCGGAGGAGACCGGUGAUGCUUCGCUGACCUUCUCUAAGCUGCGUGCAAGUGAUGCAGGAGUGUAUCGCUGUGAUGUCAUGUAUGGAGUUGAAGACACACAAAGCAUUGUAUCAUUGGCUGUUGAGGGUGUUGUGUUUCACUACCGUGCAGCAACCAGCAGGUAUACUCUGAAUUUUACACAAGCUCAGCAGACUUGUCUGGACAAUGGUGCUGUCAUAGCAAGCCCAGAACAAUUGAAAGCAGCCUAUGAAGAUGGAUUUGAGCAAUGCGAUGCUGGCUGGCUGUCUGACCAGACUGUUAGGUAUCCAAUUAGACAUCCAAGAAUUGGCUGCUUUGGAGAUAAAAUGGGAAAGAAAGGAGUCAGAACAUACGGGCGCCGUUUUCCUAAUGAAACUUAUGAUGUGUACUGCUAUGUGGAGCACAUGGAAGAUGAAGUGGUUCAUGUCUCUGCCCCUGAGAAGUUCACCUUUGAGGAAGCUAAAGAGCUGUGUCGGAAGAGAGACGGUGUCCUUGCUUCUGUUGGGAACAUGUAUGUCGCCUGGAGGAAUGGCUUUGACCAGUGUGACUAUGGCUGGCUGGCGGAUGGCAGCGUUCGUUACCCAGCCUCAGUGGCAAGGCCCCAGUGUGGUGGAGGUUUACUUGGGGUGAGAACCCUGUAUCGCUAUGAGAACCAAACAGGCUUUCCUUACCCAGAUAGCAAGUUUGAUGCCUACUGCUAUGAACGUAAAAAAGUUGCAUCAGAGCCUACAACUGUUAAGCUGACUACAGCAGUGAAAACUGACAGUGUGAGUUUGUCAUCUGCUAAAGUUACUCUAAAACCUCCGGUUUUUGAGCCUUCAAUUACUGAAAUGGCUGUCACCAAAACAGAGGUCCCUGCUUUGGAGGAAACAACCCUAGAGACAGAAGAAGAUACAGAAAUAACUACUGAUGUGGCUGAGGAAAAAAGGGAAAUGGAGGUGCUUAUGGAAAACAUUAAGUUAACCACCCUUCUACCUCAGACUGUCACAGAUGGCGAAUUAAGCACUUACGAUACACUGGGAAGGACUGAAUAUGAUGUUUCACCUAGGUUAACUGAGAGCACAUCUGCAGCUUUGGAGCUGGAGCCCACUUACUCUGAAGCAGAAUUGCCUGAGGAACAAGGUAGGUCUGAAAGCAUUGAGGACGCUUUCUUGACCUCUGUAAUUUUUCAGGAUAGCACAGAUGUAGCUAAGAGUUCCACUGGUUUGUGGGAAGAUACGGAAACAGGAGACACACAGAAACAUGAUGCUGAUAAUCAGACUGAACAAAUAGAAGUGGGUCCUAUGAUGACAGCUACAGAUAGCUUGUUACCAGCUUCUCGGAGAGAGUUUCCCAGGACAGGGACUUCAUUUUCACUAAAAGAGAAUAAUACGUAUCUUGAUGCCCACUCAACAAAAGAACCCACCAAAAAGUCAAUGGAGGUGAAAUCUGACAAGAAACUUACAACUGUUGUAAUCCCUAAGGCUUUGUUCACUGAUCAGUAUGAUCUUACUACAGAGGGGGAGGGCAGAGAGAGCAUGUACACCAUUAUGCCUGAUAGAGUUUUUAGUGUGGCUACUGGUAGAGUCCCAGAAUCAGAUGUGCCUGCUUCAUCAGAGACACUCAUAGAUGAGCAUGCAAGAAACACUGGACAAUUUUCUACAGCAGAUGAGUCAACUCCAGUCAUUAAAUUCAGUUCUGCAACAGUGUUUGAUAAUGAGGCAUCAGCUGAAGGAAGCAGAGAAGACCUGAAUGAUGUGCAACCUACUGUGUCAUCUGGAAUACCUGUAUCCUUUUCUGUAUCAGCUGUUAAUCAAACAGAAUCAGAGGCUGUUACUCUCUCAGGAAGCACUGUUUCUCCACUAGCCUUUGGAGAGAGCACCACAUCUGUUAUCCACUCAUCUCAGCAAAUGGAAGAAACAUUCAUUUUAGAGGAACAGGAAAAACCGAAGGAGACAGACACAAGAACAACGGGUAUUAAGAUCCCUCAUGCUACAACUGUCAUUCCUACAAGUGUUACAGCAGAAUCUGAGGGACGUUCUGGAAGUGAGAAGUUCACACAGGGUCCUCCAGCUUCUGGCAUGUGGCUGCUGACAGAUAAAGAUAAAGGAUAUAUGACAGAAGAGUCAUCUCAUACUAUAAGAAUGCAUGGGUUAGAUACAGAAGAUGGCAUCUCUGGGAUGGAGCCUACAUCAUCUCCAGGGCAAAUUACAGAAUACACAGACCAUCCAGAAUCUCUGAUUUCAGCAGUUACAGAUGAAACUGAGACAAGCAUGGAGCCAGAAGAAACAAAAAGUGAAGAAGAAGCUGUAUCAGCUGAAUUUGAUCAGAGCAAACAUACUACAGGUGUCUCCUACACAAGCAGCUCUUUGGAUAUGGAAAUGGUCACAGUACCCAAAAUAUUAGAGCAUGAAAGUAGUGCAACAAUGAAGUCUUUUAGCUCCUUGAGUAUUACAGUUUUCCCAAGUGUUAUAUCCACUGUCAUGGGAGUAACUGAACCUGAGGGAGAUGAAAUAUCAGGGUAUGUUCUGGAAACACCCAUUACGACCCCAGAAGCUGAACAAAUCGAAGGUAGUGAGACAUCAAUAGCAAUGCCUGCUGAGGAAGUCUCUACUGAAGUGGAGGUCUCAAAAUAUGUGGUAGAGGAAGGCCAGGCAAGUAUUGCAGCACCAACUAAGAAGGACCCAGUGACAACACAUCAAGACAGAGAAGAAUUGCCAUCAAUGGGCUUUGGAGUGACACAGGAAUCUAUUAUGUUUACAGAUGUAACAAAGGUAGAUACUGAAAACCCAACAAAAGAACUUGAUGCUUCUCUAUUUCCAGUUACUGUAGAGAGUGAGGUUACAAGAGAUAUGCCAGUUACUGAUCAGACUCCUUUUGAUGGUAUUUUUCAUUCAGAAGCAACAGAAACAACUGCAAAAUAUAGUGAGGUGUUUCCAGAAGAAUUCUCCACAAAAGAUCAAGAUACUGCCACUGAGUCUACCACACCUGUGACAUCUGCCCAACUAACUGAAAAAAGGACAGCACCAGGAUCUGAAUUGUCUCAAAUAACUAUUCAGGAAAGACUGGAUGAGACAGGUUCAGCUUAUGAUCAGAUAUAUUCAGCAACAGAAGUAUCAGUGCCCUCAGUGAACUUCACAGAUUAUGGAAGAGUUCAAGUACCCGAUGAAACUAGCACCAUGACCUUGCAUCUCACAGUGACUCCUAAAGUUGAAACUACUACUGAUCAAGAAACGAAGGUCACAAAAGUGAUGCCUAUAACAGUGGGUACCCAAGCAAAAACACAUGAAAGCAGAGGAACCCCCAGCAGGAAAGAAGAUAGUGAUGUGGUGGGCUUUGAAUCUGUGUCGCCCCCUCAUAUGAUGCUGACAGGUCAUUCUACUGUGGAAAGCAUUACUCAUCUGACUUUGGGAGCUUCUCCAAGCCAAACUGUGGAAGGUUCAGGUGUAUCAGAAGAACGUGAAGAAAUCAAAAUACCUGUAUUUUCACCUGUUGCAACAGAGAAGACAGCGACUUUCAGUGAUGCAACAACACCUUCUAUUAGUGCUGUAGAGAGUAUUCAGCCUACAUCAGCAUCCAAACCUUUUACUACUCAAAAAUCACCUCGUAUCAUUCAUGAGGAAGAAGAGGAGGUAACAAGCAAUGACAUCAUCAUAAUUGAUGAAUCUAUUUCUCCUAGUAAAACCACUGCUGAUGACGAUCUGACAGGAAAGGUGUCAGAACCAGAAAUUGAUAAGGAAUAUUUCACAGCUUCAACUGCUACUGCGGUUACACGACCUACUGCACCACCCAAAGUGAAGGAGGCCACAGAGGCUUUGCAACCUUCAGAGGUGUCUCCUUCUACUUCACAACCUGAUAGUGGAAAAGACAUAAGAUUGUAUGUUAUUCAAAUCGCAGGCAAUGAUACAGAUCAUCCGGUGAAUGAAUUUUUGGAUCUGUUCAGUCGCCAUAUGCUUCCUCAUUCAAUAGAUGAACCCCACAUUGAUGCAGAAUCAACUCAGACUGAACCCUGUACUUCAGAGUCUGUGCAGGAUUCAUCUGAAUAUAUAAUAUUGGAUCCUUUCUUUCCAAACUUUCUAGAGUUUGAAGAAGAGGAAGACUGUGAAAAUACUACUGAUGUUACAACUCCUCCAGCUUUGCAGUUCAUCAAUGGAAAACAACAGGUUACUAGUGCACCUAAGAGCACAAAAGCUGAGGAAGCAAGAAGUGACCAAAUUGAAAGUGUUGCACAUUCCAAAAAUGUAACCUUCUCUCAAAUUAAUGAAACCAACACAUUUAUAAUAGCUGAAACUGAAGCUUCUGGUACUAUGCAACCAAGCAAAGCUGGAGAAGUAAUAGGGGCGUUUGAUGUUACACAGCCAACAGCAGAUGUUGCAAUGUUAGAACCUGUCUAUAGUGGUGAGUCAGAGGUUGCCACAACAGACAAAUCAAUAGCUAUUACUUCUUCAUAUGAGCAGUCUCUGCAAAACAAUAGAGAAACUGUAACAUGGCAUGGAACUGAGGAGAGCUCUACUAAAGGCACAACAAACUUGCUUUUGAUUACUAGUGAAUCUUCUGGAGAUGGCUCUACUGAAUCUGAUUAUUCCAGUUCUGUCUUCUCAGAAAUUGUGACAAUGUCAAAAAAGGAAGAUGAUGAAAGAAAUUCUGGCUUAACUUCUGCUCCUGAUGCAUUUACUGUGGAAAGCUCUGCUUCUACUGCUUCUCUGGAUGCAGUUUCUAAUGCUGCUACAGUAGGCAUGAGUGUGAAAGACCUUAUUCCAGAAAAGACAACACCUGCUCCAAGAGCUAGUUAUAAAUCAACAAUUAAACUUCAUGCAAAUUCCCCUGUUGAAAAUAUUCUGGAAAUAAGUAGUCACACAGCAAAGCCUGUGAUGAGUGCUGCUUCUUUUGCAGUUCUAGAAGGCUCUGGAGAUGUAGAGGACAUCACUGUAAUUUCAGACAUGAUGAGGGAAACAGCAGUAACAGAAACAAAUUCAGUACAAGAUAUUUCUCUGGGCUCUGACACAGUACAGCCAACAGAAAUGUCUGUAACUGUUUCAGGAAUUGCCCCAGCUUUACCCAGAGGAAUAGGCACUCUUCAUUCUGUUUUUGAUCCAAGUUCUGCUGCAACUGCUGCCACCAAUUCUGUGUCUGAGUUCAUUAUGGAAAAAGUAGUCGACAGCACUCUUGUAGCUGAAAGGAAUGUUGAUGAUGAAAAAGAAACACAGACUGCUAUCUACUCAAGUCAGGAAGAUUCAGCUACUGCUACAGAGGGAAAUUCAGAGUGGAGUGAAAUUGGGAGUACUACUACUGAAGUCAGAACUGUAAGCCAAGAGCCCACCCUGCUCAGAAAGCCAGCACUAGUAAAAGGUACUGUAAGUUCUGAAAUAAAAAAGGUCACCACCUUUCCUUUCUUGAGAGAGAAGAAGUUUUUUAUAAAUGAGGGAUCAGCAGAAGAGCCAGCAGACAUAUUUUCAGGGAGUCCCACAAGAAAAGUGGUAAGUACUGACUCCUCGUUUACUGAACCAGGUUCUGGAGACAUAGAUGUUAUCAUUGAGUCUACUACUUUAACUUCAGUUCCAUUAAGGCUUGUCACUGAAACAGAGCACAAAGAAGAAUUUUACAGCACAGAUUAUGUUUCACUGGGGAAUGCAACAGCAGAAUAUGAAGACCAUGCAAGAACAGAUGUAUCAGCAAUAUUAGUUUCAAGUACUGGCUCAGAUGGGUUGAUAGAGGAAUCUGAAGUGUCAAGUCAGAAGCCCCAAGAUGUGUUUAGGACAGCAAAACCAGGACAACAAAACCAGGAAACAGAACCAACUUACGCAGCUCCAUCUGAAGUAAAUUCUAGAACUCAUGUUGCACCAGGAAUUAAAACUGAAGUAACAGCUGAGGUGACAUCAUCUCCAGAAUCAGUAGUUAGUAAUACAGCUGAGGUGACAUCAUCUCCAGAAUCCGUAGUUAGUAAUACCCCUCAUGACAUCACAUGGACACCUGGGACUGGCAGUAUAAAAUCAGUUGCUGACUCUACAGAAAGCAAAAAUGCAAAAGUUAGUUCUUCAACUGUCUCAUUAGGCAAGAUUCUGCUGAUUGAGCAUGGCUCUGGAGAAGAAUUCAAAGAUGACAGCACCACCACAAAACUAAUGUCUAAUGGACCUACUGAAGAAGUACUUGAAAACCAUUUCCCAUUUACUGAUCAGGGAUCUGGAGAGGCAGACACACAUACUGAAUCAUUUGCAAAAAUAGCAGUUGUGCCCACUGGGGACCAGGAAACAGAGAAGUAUGACAAAAAAGUUAGCACACCAUCUAUGGAUAGUGCCUUCACUACUGAAACUGAUGAGCUAAAAACAAGUACUGAACAUGAAUUAACCACAAAGGGGACUAUAACUGACAUAAGAAUAGAAGAGAAAACAACUGAUGAGCUGACAGUGAGAGAUUUGUCUACAAAGAUUCCUUUCAUUGAAGAUAUACAGUCUGGGGAAGACAGGCCAAUGGACAUUUCAACAAAACCUAUAGAAUCUUCUGAGGAAACAACAGCAGACCCAUUCUUUGAAAGCACACAAGGUUACCAUGAACAUUUGGGGUUUUUGAGUGUUCCGACUGUCAGUCCAUACUUGGAAGAAGAGGAAUUAGAAACCGAAUCUGUUAAGAAAAUAGUUCUACCAUUUAGUGGUGACAGAGUGACUGAGCCUGUUAAGAUUGAAAGGAAAUAUGUAAGCUCCCCAGCUGCAAAUACAGAGCAACAGGAGGAGCUGGUACAAAAUAUUUUUCCUACAAAAGAUAUUCCAAGAUCACUCCUGAAACCUAAAGAAGAAAAGCUAACAAAUCAUGAGCUCAUCUAUGAUCCAUUAUUUUCAGGACAAGGAUCAGGAGACGACUUUGCUGUUACUUCUUCUGUAGUGCCAUUGGCUGUGAAAGAAAUCAUGAGUACUUCAAGUCCUCAAACUUCUCUUCCUGCUAGUAUGGGACCCAGCCUUUCAAGUGACAAGACACAGGACUUUAUAACAAGAAGCACAGAAUCACAUGCUGAGGCUAAUGAAGAUGUUACAAGUGCUGUAACUAGGCUCCUGUCAGAAACAGAAGACCAGUUCUCUAGCUCACUGAUCACCAGUUUCCCAGCUUUAGCAGAAGAGAAUUCCAAGAACUCCAGCUCGAAAGAGGUUAAAGAGAUGACACAUUAUUUUGCUGCCACUGAGGAACCGCACAAUAAUGAAACUAACUAUUGGAUGGGAGAAAAUGAAACAGACAUGACAGUGGCUACUUCUACAAAUGUUUCUCAAGAGGAAACUUCACAUUUGCUGAUUAAAGAAGAUAUAACUCCGGUUUCUGUCAUACUGAGUGGAGCUCCUAAUCUUGAAACAGAGGAAUCACUUGUUACAGCAGCAACAAAAAUGCCAGGCAGAGUAUUACCUGAAAGCUCUGGAGAAGGAUCUGGCUGGAUUGGUGUUUUGGAUUCGUCUUCUCCUGGUAUGUUUACUCAUUUGUCAAUACCACCUAUGUCAAAAGUAGAACUAAAUACUUCAUCUAGUGUUCCUGGGGAAGUUUAUUCUGAAGUAUUGACAACAGAGGCACCAGUAGAUGGAUCACAAACUGUGAUCACAGGACUGGCAUCACUUUUUACAGAAGAAAAAGGGAUUAAGGCCAAUCCACCUGCUGUUCAGCCCAAGACAACUACCUCAGAAGAACUAACAAGUGAUACUGGAAUAUACGAGAAAAUUAUUCCCAUGAUUGAUGAUAAAAGAAGUGUUAUACUGAAUGUUUCUGUUUAUGGUGACAUUACACUAAUUGAAGAGCGACUUCAAACGCCAUCAGAGGAAACAACUAUUAUAGACAUGGAUCACUCAAAAUUGAUUCCUGAAGAUAUAAUAAGUGUGCAGACAAUGCCAAACUCUGUCAUGCAAUCAACAUAUGGUGGUGAUGAUAGCACCACAACUGAAGCAGAGAAAUAUGAUCCAACACCUAAAUUUUCCAUAACCAAGGAGACAACGCUUGGAUCCGAUGUUAAUCCUUCUUCUACUACUUCUAGUCAGCCAAGCAGUGAAUCAGUAACAGCUGGACAUGGACCAAAAUUGGAUAAGUAUUUUGGUUCAGGGAAUUCCAUGACAUUUGCAACAGAAACUCACAUCACUACUGAACUCACUGAAAAGGGCAUUUUCCUUCCAACAGCACCAUCACUGGCAAGCCCUCAUAUGCCUCAUGAGCCUAAACAUCUUGUAACAAGCGCAACAGAAGUCACCUAUGAGCUGAAUACUUCAGCAAACAACCAAGUAAUAGCAGAUCAAAGUGAAGGAGUUUCUGUCUCUGGCUUUUCUGGAAUGGGCCAAGAAGAACUGUAUGAUAAGCAGCCUGUGGUUCCUUCUCUCACACCAGUUUUGUCUACUGAGACAGAAAAGGCUUUGACAGCUGACAUGCUUGAAAUAAGUAUUAUCACCACACAGCGUACAUCCCACCUGACAACUGCAUCAUCUAACAAGAAUGAAGAAAAGCAUCAUCCUACAGUAUACACAAACACAAAAUCAGCUUCAGUAGAGUAUGAAGAAACAGAUUCAGUAAGUUUUCAUUCUGUACCUCAAACUCCUAAAUCCUCAUUAAUUGUUCAGUUAGUUAAUGGAGCAUCUGAGUAUCCUGAGGUAAUCAUUCCAAGUACAUCAUCAUCAAAGAAUCCAGAUGUGUCCAAUCACUCAUCAGAAGGAACAUUCAAAGAGGUUAGUUCUGAUAUUGCAGCAACAUAUAAACCACCCACUACAGACCUUCUUGACAGAACAGAGUCUUCUGUCCUGAAGUUUUCUCCCCAACCUGUUUCAGAAAGCAAAACUACUGAAAGUACUCCUCACUUUAAUAGAUUUGUUACAGACAAGGCAGAGGAGACUGAAAUCUUUGUAACUGAUUUCGCUGUUGAGGAAGAAGCUACUGUUUCUGGAGAUUCUCCAUCAAUACAAGUCUUGCCCACUGCUUCUCUGAAUUUUGGAGACAGAAAGAGCACGGAUGUUCCUAAAGUUAGCACAUUAAAAGUGGAAGCUUCAUCAGGGAGAAUAAACAACCCCCACCAUGAAGAUGACAGGAAUACUGAGAGUGAGUUGCCGUGGCUUUUUUCCACACCUGUUUCAGAUUCACCCAAUGGUAUUGCAAGUGAAAUAUUGAAACCAGACCAGGAAGCAGUUACAAUGCUAGUUUCAUCUUCACAACCUUUGGAUAGAAGCAUGGAAACACAAUCAGCUUUUUUCAGUCAAGAAGAGAUCACAACCAUUUCUUCUAACAUUGCAACAAACAACCCUGCCCCUGGAAACAGUCCAAUUCAAAAUGAGCAUUCAACCAUAAGCUCAGAGGAGCCAAAUACUCUUGAACUUGUAACUUCAUCAUUUUCCCUUCCGGAAGUCACUAAUGGAUCAGAUUUCCUGAUUGGCACCAGUGUGGGUUCAGUUGAAGGGACAGCAGUGCAAAUUCCAGGCCAAGAUCCUUGCAAAAGCAAUCCCUGUGUUAAUGGUGGUACCUGCUACCCACGUGGCUCAUUUUACAUCUGUACGUGUUUGCCAGGUUUCAGCGGUGAGCAGUGUGAAUUAGAUAUUGAUGAAUGCCAGUCAAACCCAUGUCGGAAUGGAGCCACGUGUAUAGAUGGCCCAAAUACUUUCAUUUGCUUGUGUCUGCCAAGCUAUGUAGGUGCUCUCUGUGAACAAGACACAGAGACGUGUGACUAUGGCUGGCACAAGUUCCAAGGACAGUGCUACAAGUACUUUGCCCAUCGGCGUACAUGGGACACGGCUGAAAGGGAAUGCCGUCUGCAGGGAGCGCACUUGACAAGCAUCCUGUCCCACGAGGAGCAGAUCUUUGUGAACCGUAUUGGGCAUGACUAUCAGUGGAUUGGCCUUAAUGACAAGAUGUUUGAGCGUGAUUUCCGCUGGACUGAUGGUAGCCCACUGCAAUAUGAGAACUGGCGACCAAACCAGCCAGACAGCUUCUUUUCUGCUGGAGAAGAUUGUGUUGUUAUAAUAUGGCAUGAGAACGGGCAGUGGAAUGAUGUACCAUGCAAUUACCACCUUACCUAUACUUGCAAGAAAGGAACAGUUGCCUGUGGUCAGCCUCCUGUAGUGGAAAAUGCAAAGACCUUUGGGAAGAUGAAGCCUCGUUAUGAGAUCAACUCCCUUAUUAGAUAUCACUGCAAAGAUGGUUUCAUCCAGCGUCACAUUCCAACCAUCCGGUGUCAAGGGAAUGGAAGAUGGGAUAUGCCUAAAAUUACUUGCAUGAAUCCAUCCACAUACCAAAGGACUUACUCUAAGAAAUACUACUAUAAACACUCCUCAUCAGGAAAGGGGACAUCAUUAAAUUCAUCAAAACACUAUCACCGCUGGAUCAGGACGUGGCAGGACUCAAGGCGCUGAGAGCUAAAUGGUGAAUGAGGAUUUCCACCAUUUCAGCCAAAGUCAUAACUUUCUGUGCCUUUUUCUAUCACUUAUAGGAGUAUU